AUGAAUAAUCCAGAGGAAAUACCUAGCAGGCUUGAGGGCAAGAAUGUAGCACGACUUGUGUGUUGUAUUUUGGGAGUAGGGUCUCUCGUGGCAUGGAAUGCGAUGCUGACCAUCACCGAUUACUAUUAUCAAGUUUUCCCUAAAUAUCAUCCUUCGAGGGUGCUUACACUAGUUUACCAAUUGGUUGCGAAUGUGUUGAUAUCAACACUUGCUUAUAAAGAAGCUAAGCUCAAAACCCGAUUUCGUAACAUUUUAGGGUACAGCCUUUAUACCGGGGCCACCUUUUGUCUCAUCAUUUUGGAUCUUGCUUCGCACGGUCGUGGAAGCGUAGUAGCAUAUGUUGUGUUAUGUUUGAUCGUUGCUCUUUUCGGGGUUGCUGAUGCUUUUAUACAAGGUGGAAUGGUUGGAGAUUUGUCUUUCAUGUGCCCCGAAUUCAUUCAGGCAUUCAUGGGCGGUUUAGGCAUAGCUGGAGCUCUAACUUCCGGCUUAAGGCUUAUUACGAAAGCAAUCUUCGACAAGUCUCCCGAUGGCCUCCGAAAAGGCGCUUUGUUGUUCAUAGGAAUAUCGACAUUGAUUCAGUUAGCAUGUCUCAUUCUAUAUGUGUUUGUCUUCGGUAAGCUCCCUAUCGUGAAAUACUACCGUUCCAAGGCUGGGAAAGAAGGGGCCAAAUCCGUUACCGCGGAUCUAGCCGCAGCUGGCCUCCAAGAACAGGCUGAACAGAUUCAACAAAUGGACGAGUCCAAGAUCCAAAAACUGACCAAGAAGCAGUUGCUACGGCAAAACAUAGAUCAUGGGAUCAAUCUCUUCAUGAUUUACGUCGUUACGCUAUCGAUUUUCCCAGGAUUUCUCUAUGAGGACACUGGAGAACAUCGGUUGGGCGAUUGGUAUGCACCGGUCCUAAUAGCCAUGUACAACGUGUGGGAUUCGAUCUCGAGGUUCAUUCCCUCGAUUAAACGAUUGGCAAUGGAAUCUAGGAAAUGGAUCACGAUCUGUGUUGUUGCGCGUUUCUUGCUCAUUCCCGCUUUUUACUGUACCGCUAAGUACGCAGAUCAAGGAUGGAUGAUUUUCCUCACUUCUUUCUUGGGAUUGACUAAUGGUUAUCUAACCGUUUGUAUCUUCAGCACUGCACCAAAGGGUUACAAUGGACCCGAGUCGAAUGCAUUGGGGAAUUUGUUGUGCGUGUUUCUAUUGGCAGGGAUCUUCGCUGGAGUUUGCCUCGGUUGGCUUUGGCUCAUUGGCCAUGAUUCCUUUUAG